AAAGCCCUAACCCUAGCACAACACUCGUCUCUUUCUUCUAAACCCUAGAUUCGAUCCCUCAAAUUGCCAAACAAUCAACUUCGGUUCAAGAAAUCAUCUCCAAUGGGUUCCAAAAGACCUGAUUUUGGAGACGGCGCUAGUCCCGGGAAGAUUUUUAUCGGUGGUUUAGCGAAAGAUACUACCAUAGAUACAUUCGUUAAAUACUUUGGAAAGUAUGGAGAGCUUACCGAUUCGGUUAUCAUGAAGGAUCGACAAACUGGUCGGCCGAGGGGUUUCGGGUUCAUCACAUACGCAGAUCCUUCUGUUGUUGAUACUGUUAUUGCCGAGACGCAUGUCAUUAACGGCAAACAAGUUGAGAUCAAGAGAACCAUUCCCAAAGGUUCUGCUGAAUCCAAAGAUUUCAAAACAAAAAAAAUCUUUGUUGGUGGGAUUCCGACAUCAGUUACCGAAGAUGAGUUCAAAGGUUUCUUCUCAAAGCACGGGAAAGUCGUUGAGCACGAGAUAAUCCGAGAUCAUGCAACAAAGCGUUCUCGAGGCUUUGGAUUUAUCGUAUUUGAUAGUGAACAAGUCGUUGAUACUAUCCUUGUCAAUGGAAAUAUGAUCGAUAUGAAUGGUACACAGGUUGAGAUCAAGAAGGCAGAGCCCAAGAAAUCAUCAAAUGCAGCACCUCCAUCAUACGGUGGUGAACCUAGGGGACGUGGGUAUGGUGAUAGUUAUGGUGGCUAUGGUGAUUCUUAUGGUAGCUAUGGCGGUGGGGGUGGUGGUGGGGGUGGUUAUGGCCCUCCUUAUAGGUCACUUGGAGGACUUUCCAGUAGAUUUGGCGACUAUGGUGGAUAUGGACCCAGUGGCAGUGAAUUUAGCAGUCGUUAUGGCGACUUUGGAGGUGAUUACGGUGGUUACAGGGGUGGUGAGCCUCCAGUUGGCGGAUACUCUAGUCGCUUUAGCUCUUUUGGUGGAGGGUUCGGUGGAGGAGGAGGAGGAGGAGGAGGGUAUGGCGGGAGUGGGCUUGGUGGAUAUGGGCGUGGAGGUGCAGGGUAUGGGAGUUAUGGCGGUCCAGGAGGAGGAGGUGGUGGUGGUUAUGAAUCUGGUGCAGGUUCAGGUUAUGGUGGAGCAGGUGGACCGUAUGGAAGCAGGGCGGGUUACGGCGGUGGUGGCGGUGGUCGUUAUCACCCUUAUGGCAGGUAGGCAAGCAGUGGAGCUGAAUGGAAUCAUGUGCCAUGCUGUUUUUCUAGCUUGAAUGAAAUAGAAUGACUUAAUGGGAUGGCCUUGUGGAUGUGUAAUUUUUCUGUAUGGGACUAUCUUAUUUAUGUUAGAUGUUUAUUAAUUCGUUCUUACGAUCAACAAAAUGAUUUUUGACAA